CGCUCACACGCACUACGCAGCUACGGAAGCCUUCGAGUUCACCAAGUUAGCAGGCUUCUCUCCGAAAAUGGCGAGCUGGGGACGAGUUGCGGCAGUCUUAAGGAAUGCGUUGAGGAGCCCCCGGUCUCUGCAGAGUCUGGCACUUCGCCGUGCGGUCGGCCCUGGUGUUUUCGGGUGUGUAGUCGGAACUGGGCUGGUCUGUUAUUAUCAGUACCGUGCCAGCAUCGGGACGCUGCCCUUCGCUGUUCAUGCUGAGGAACAAAAAGAAGCCGCAGCUCCCCAGGGAUCACCCAGAAGGGUCCGUUUCAUCCAGUUCGCCUCGGUGGUGUACGAACAGGAGCCAUACAUGACCCCGCGAGACUUCCUGUUCUCCGUGAUGCUGGAGAACGUGGACAGAAAGCUGCAGAAGAAAGUUUUAACACAAAAGGAACUUGAGAAAAUGUUGGCGUCUGCCUCUACAGUCCGGGCCGGUAAUGAUCUGUUCAGAACCUUAGGAGACAAUGGGUUGAUCUCCUACACAGAGUAUCUGUUCCUGCUGACUAUCCUGACUAAGCCGCGUACAGGAUUUCACAUUGCAUUCAAAAUGCUUGAUGUUGACGGCAAUGAGCAUGUGGACAAAAAGGAGUUUCUCAAGCUGAAGAAAAUCAUUGGGAAAAGUAAAAUGAAAGCUCCUAAGGAGAGCACAGAGAAUCCAGUGGAAGAAGGAGAAGGUGUUAACACAACACUGCAGACCUACUUCUUUGGAAAGAAAGGGGAAAACAAGCUGCAGUAUCAGCAGUUUUGCAGGUUCAUGGAGGACCUGCAGGCUGAAGUCCAGGAGAUGGAGUUCAUGCAGUUCUCCAGAGGUAUGGACACCAUGCGAAGAGAAGACUUUGCAGAGUGGCUGCUUCACUACACCAACGAAGAAGACAAUGAAGUCUACUGGGAGAACAUGAGGAAGAAAAUCCCUGCAGGCCAGAGUAUCACAUUUGAUGAGUUCAAGGCCUUCUGUCUGUUCACCAACAAUCUGGAGGAUUUUGCCUUUUCAAUGAAACUGGUGACUGAAGCCCAUCGUCCUGUUCAAAUGGCCCAGUUCAAACGAGCUGUGAGGAUCGCCACAGGCCACGAUCUGUCUGAGAACGUGCUGGAUACUGUAUUUAAACUGUUUGAUAUGGACGGAGACAAUUGCCUGAGCCAUAAGGAAUUCAUGGGUGUGAUGACAGACCGAGUACUGCGUGGUCUAAAGGUGCAGCAUCAGAACGGCUUCUCUGGCUAUUGGAAAUGUGUGAAGAGAGAGACCAUGAAUGCAGCUCGGGAGGCUCUGGGGGACAACAGGAGCCCCUUCUGAACCACUAGGUCUCGUCUUAUAGAUGAUCACUAUACCACUACCAACCUUGUUCUCUUAUAAUCAAAUAAGUGGGGUGAACAAGAUUAUAAAUGUAACCACAUGUAAAGAGGAUUCACACCACUACUGUGUGUACAGAUAUGUUUACAGAUCAGUAAUGCAUUGUCUGGAUAGCCAUACGCGUGUGCAUAUACUUUUCAAGAACUGUGGUUGUGGCGUUUACAAUAUUUGUAUUACUUGGUGCACUGUGCUGGCCUUUGUGCUUAAUCAAUUUAUGCAUUUUAGAUUAGAAUGGCUGAUGACUUAAUUUAUUUUUCUACUCCUUUUCCUCUCUGUUUACAAAACUGUGGUUCAGUGAAUAUACGCUCAUUCUGUGCAUGUUGAUACCCUUUCAAGUGCUUAUAACAUAUCGGGUGUGGGUUUUUGUGAAAAAUAUUUAUCAAAUAAAGUUUCAUAAAAAUGUUUCAACAA